AUGAGAAUACAACUGUUGAGUCCAUUACUGCGAAAAGAUGAGAUUGGAGUAUUAUGGGUCAAUUCGCAACAGGAACAAUCAUCAGCAAAACUGGCGCAACAUUUAUGGAACAAAAGUACAUUUCGUGGCUGUACCGAUGGAGCGGCUAAUUUCAUCAUGCCCCUGGUUAAGAAUGAAAAUUAUUUAAAACCUGACUUGAUUUCUGGCGAUUUCGAUUCUAUUACCUUUGUGACGAAAAAAUUUUUCGAAUCACAGGUUGAAAUCGUGGAAACACCUGAUCAAGACUACACCGACAUGAGCAAAGCAUUGCAAAUUAUUGCUGAGAGAAUGGGAAAUAAGAAAUUAAAUAUCUCAAAAGUUAUUGUUUUGGGCGGAUUGUUUGGACGUUUUGAUCAUGUGUUGUCAUCUUUGCACUCAAUACUGCAGUUCGAUAGUUGUGAAAUUAUAAUCAUUGAUGGUGUUAACUUGGUCACGAUUUUGCGCGAGGGUUCUACAAACUUAGAGUUCACUGGAGCACAGCAUCUUCUGACAGGAAAAUGUGGAGUUAUCCCUCUCAUCCAGCGUGAAACGAUCGUAUCUUGUAGUGGCUUGAAAUGGAAUUUAGAUAAGACAGAGCUUGCAUUUGGCAAACUUAUCAGCACAUCUAAUGAAAUGGUUAGCGACACAGUGUCGAUAACUUGCACAGCUCCAGUGGUGUUUACCAUGGAAUUAUCGGAAGAUGCUUUAUCACUACAAUAA